AUGGCUGCGGAUUUGCUUUUAAAAACGAGCAAGCAAGCGAAGUAUAAUAUAUCGUAUAGGAAAAUUCUGUAUCAAAGGUUCUUCGUGGGUCUACUGUUGUUUAUAGUGAUAUCGUUAGUGUUUACUGUAGUGUAUGUUUUUUCGGGAAGUGUACCGCGGACAAAUUUUUAUGAAGUAGUAAAUUUGGAAGCUGUUAAUUUACCUAUUCAAAAACUUUCUAAUGAUUAUGCGUUUUCGGCUUCUCGUGUGUUAAAUUGCACGUAUUGGAAUUGCUUUAAUGUCUAUAAAUGUGGCCGAGGAGGGCAUGAUAAAAUAACAAUAUACAUAUAUCCACCAAAAGACUACAGGACUAAUGAUGGGAGAUCAGUUUCACAUUUUUCUAGAGAAUUUUUUGAGAUUUUAGAAACAAUAAAGAGUAGUAAAUAUUAUACUCCUAAUCCUGAUGAGGCGUGUUUGUUUGUGCCUAGUAUAGAUACAUUAAAUCAAAACACUUUUUCAAGCUCACACAUCUCCCAAGUUCUGCAGUCAUUAAAACAUUGGAACAAUGGCGAAAAUCAUCUCAUCUUUAAUAUGGUGCCAGGAUCCGAACCAAACUACAAUACUGUUAUUGACCUUAACACAAGUUAUGCAGUUAUAGCAGGAGCUGGCUUUGAUACAUGGACCUUUAGAUAUGGAUUUGACAUAUCAAUACCACUCUACAGUCAUAUUGCUUCUAAUAUCAACAGUACACAGCCAAAACAAAAAGAUUACUUAAUAAUUUCAACACAGAUCAAUAUACCAGAAGAUUACUUAGUAGAACUUCAAGGUAUUGCAUCAUCAUCUAAUGACCUAUUACUUUUAGACAGUUGUAGGAAUGAGAGAAUUGAUUUUACAAAGAGGUGUGAGUACACUACUGGAAAGCAAUUUGCAUAUCCAGAGGUAUUAAAACAUGGAUUAUUCUGUUUAGUUGUUCGAAGUGCUAGAUUGAUUCAGACUGUUCUAAUGGAUGUAUUAGCGUCGCAAUGCAUUCCAAUAAUUAUAGCUGAUACUAUAGUAAUGCCAUUCAAUUCUCACAUUGAUUGGAAUCGAAUAGCAAUUUUUAUAUCAGAGGACAAUAUAAAAAAUGUAUUAAAAAUCGUACAUUCAGUGAGCAAAGAACGACGUGGAGAAUUAUAUUGGCAAUUAAGAUGGGUUUAUGAAAGAUACUUUUCUAACAUAGAGAAAAUCACUAUGACGACGUUAGAAAUUUUAAAUGAAAAAGUUUUUCCAUUGUCAGCAAGAAUGUAUGAAGAUUGGAAUAUGCCAGAGCAUUUGUACGGGCCCGUAAAUCCCCUGUUCCUCCCAGUGACAGCACCAAAGGCGCCAGGCUUCACGGCUGUCAUAUUGACAUAUGACCGCGUCGAUAGUCUGUUUACGCUCAUCAGAAAAUUGGUGCGAACGCCCAGCCUCGCGAAGAUUUUGGUUGUAUGGAAUAACCAGAAAUUGCAACCACCGCCGGCUUCCGAGUGGCCAGUGAUUAACAAGCCGUUGAAAGUGAUACGAACGAAAGAGAACAAGCUGUCGAAUAGGUUCUUUCCCUACGAUGACAUUGAGACCGAAUGUCAGUUGACCAUUGACGACGAUAUUAUUAUGUUAACCCCUGAUGAAUUGGAGUUUGGGUUUGACGUGUGGCGAGAGUUUCCAGAUCGGAUAGUGGGUUUCCCGUCCCGUCUGCAUGUCUGGGACAAUGUCACCGCCACCUGGAAGUACCACAGUGAAUGGACGAACGAAAUAUCUAUGGUGUUAACUGGAGCAGCGUUUCACCACAAAAUCUGGUCGUGGUACUACACAUAUAAGAUGCCUUCAGAGAUCAGACAAUGGGUGGACGACAACUUCAACUGCGAAGAUAUUGCAAUGAAUUUCCUCGUAGCUAAUGUCACAAGGAAGGCACCUAUUAAGGUGACACCGCGAAAGAAGUUCAAAUGCCCGGAAUGUACGAAUACUGAAAUGCUUUCGGCGGACGCUAAACAUAUGACGCAGCGUUCAGCUUGCAUCGACAAAUUCACGAAAAUAUAUGGACAUAUGGCCUUAAAAUCGGUCGAAUUCAGAGCUGAUCCACUGCAAUAUAGAGAAACAGGGUCCGGCAUACCCCAAUUGUAUCCAGAAAUUGGCGCUUUGUGA